AAAAAAAAACAAGAGCUACAGGGAAAGGAAGUGAAGAAAAGGAGCUAGAGACUUAGAACCAGAUAAGAAAAAUUCAAGAUCCAACUAUUUUCUCCAUUCUUGACUUUGCAAAUAAUUUAGCCGAAUGUGACAUUCUGACUCAAACGGAGCGAUAGAUAGAGCUGACAACGAAUCCAGUAAGCCCCGCACUUGUUUCGCGAGGGCAACCAUGUUGCUAACUACUAUAAUGGCAGAUAGAGUUAUGCUUCCACCAAACUUAAGAUGGGGUCGAAGGAGAGGUCGGGGCCUAUCGGCUAGGCAGACGAUCGACCCAGUUGAAGAAGCUGAAGAGACACCUCCGUCGCAACCUCAGACUGGUACUACUGCUGACGCGAUAGCUGCAAUGUUUCAGCAGGCGAUGGAGAGUUUGGUAGAAAGGAUCCAGACACAACCUCGAGCCGGUAUGAUGCCCGGAGGGUAUAAUGGACAUAACCAACCCGAUGAACCGCUCCGCAGGUCCAUUCGAGAGUUUCUGGAUAUGAAACCUCCGGUGUUUACGGGGGCUAGUGAGACUGAAGACCCCUUGCUGUUUUUGGAUGGUAUUCAGAAAGCAUUAGAUGCGCUUGAAUGUUCCAAAGACACGAUCGGUUGA